ACCCAGGAGAGACAGUCAGGAUUGUGCCAGGUGCUGAAGAAACCCACAGGAAAGGCAUCUUUGUCCUGAGUACAGGAAAAUCUAAUUCCAAGAUGGAGCAAACUUCCGAUGAAAUAGAUGAGAUGUUCAGCAAUUUACUUGGGGAAAUGGACAUGCUGACCCAGAGUUUAGAAGUGGAGACUUUCCAGCUUUCAUCCCCCAAAGAAUCUACUAAAGAAUUUAACUUUUCAGUUGGUUUUAAAGAUUUAAAUGAAUCACUAAGUACACUGGAAGACAAAGACCUGGAUGCUUUAAUGGCUGAUCUGGUAGCCGACAUAAAUGAAGCUGAACAGAAAACGUUACAAGCACAGAAGACAACUUCUGACCAUGAGCAAAAAAAAGCCACUGAGUCUCUAAUGGGUUUUGAGACUAUUGCUUCUUAUGAAUAUAAACCAAGUACUCAUGGUAUUACCACUAGUGGACCCGUUGAGGAUGUCUUGCCCCCUCCACCUCUAGAAUCUGAAUUAGACUUCCCACUGCCACCACCACCACCACCUGCUCCUGAGCCACUCACUCAGGAACAGCAGGAGGCACAAGCAAAAACAGACAAGAUUAAACUUGCACUGGAAAAACUGAAGGAAGCUAAGGUUAAAAAGCUUGUCGUCAAGGUGCACAUGAAUGAUAACAGCACUAAGUCACUGAUGGUGGAUGAGCGGCAGGUGGCACGGGAUGUUUUAGAUAAUCUUUUUGAGAAAACCCACUGUGACUGCAAGGUGGAUUGGUGUCUGUACGAAGUGUACCCAGAACUGCAAAUUGAAAGAUUUUUUGAAGACCAUGAAAAUGUUGUUGAAGUCUUAUCAGACUGGACCCGGGACAGUGAAAAUAAAAUGCUGUUUUUGGAAAAAAAUGAAAAAUAUGCAGUGUUUAAAAAUCCCCAGAAUUUCUACCUGGCAAACAAGGGGAAAAAUGAAAGCAAAGAAAUGAAUGAGAAAAACAAAGAGGCUUUGCUGGAGGAAAGCUUCUGCGGGGCAUCUGUCAUUGUGCCAGAACUCGAAGCAGCCCUUUAUUUAAAAGAAGAUGGAAAAAAGUCCUGGAAGAGGCGUUAUUUUCUUCUGCGGGCUUCUGGAAUCUAUUACGUCCCCAAAGGAAAAACCAAGACAUCUCGGGAUUUGGCCUGCUUUAUACAGUUUGAGAACGUUAACAUUUACUAUGGUACUCAGUACAGAGUGAAAUACAAGGCUCCUACGGACCACUGCUUUGUCUUAAAGCAUCCACAGAUUCAGAAGGAGUCACAAUAUAUCAAGUAUUUAUGCUGUGAUGACCAGUGGACUCUACAUCAGUGGGUAACUGGAAUAAGAAUUGCCAAGUAUGGCAAGACACUGUAUGAUAACUACAAACGUGCAGUACAACGGGCUGGGUUGGCUGCUCGAUGGACAAGCCUAGGGAUCGUGGAACCAGCUGUGAGCACAGGAUCAUCAUCAACAGGUGCUGCUCAAGCAAAUGGACAGAUCCAUCACACUGUACCUCCUGCAAGCAAGGAGUUUUCAGAGGCCCCAAAACAAGCAGAGAUUGCAAAGAUCAAGACCAAAGACCCAAAGCCCUGCUUCACUCUUCAAUGACUUAUAAAGCUGAACAGACACACAGAAGGGAACCCACUACCCCAUUUCAAGAGAAGAUGCAGCAUGGUAUACUGAACCCCCACUCUCAGGGGUAUGAAGAUGGAUCCUGCUCCCAGAGACAAAGUUCACCUCUGGUAUCCUCAUGGAUGAUGCAAUGCCAUGGUAUGCCAGGGUAGCUAAAUGUCACAAUCCACUGAAGACAGCUAGUGUUCUCAUUAUUUUAACAUUAGUUUAAAAAAAAUUAAAAAUAGGAAUAACAUCUUGAAAAGGGAACAUAACUAUAACAUAGGAAAGAGAGGCAAAUAACCCACGCCUGCUUUAUUUCCCCCCAGGUCAGGGACAAUCUGUAUGGAUGAGUCCUCCAAUAACUAUAAUGUAGUUAAUGUAGCUUACCUGUAGGCAUGAGUGAAAAAGCUAUAAGGACAGAGCUUCUACUGAAAGUUCAUUCAAACUUCAGUGGGAUUUUUUUGUUUCUGUAAUGUCCUAUUGCCACUGCAAACUGAAGUGGAAGCUUCUGCCAGCACAAAGGUGGCCUUCAGCAAGGGGAAAGUUCUGCUCUUUGGAAUGUCCUUGUCCUUCAGAGGCAGGGGUGGAUCCAGAGGGGUGCAGUGACACAGUCGCACCCCCUUUUUGGCUGCAUGCUGCAUGCACAGUGAGCUCUCCAGCUAGUCUUCUCAGAGUCCAUGCUUUCAGCCCUGGAGCCUGUUUGCUCUCCCCCUUCCCUGAAGUUAGAAGCAGGGGAAAGAAGACAAGUGUCAGUGGCAGCUAUGCUCAGCUCUUCCUCUCAUAGAGCCUAAAAGCUGCAUACCACCACUUGUCCCCUCCUUUUCCCUGCUGCUGAAUUCAGGCAGGAGAGUGGGAAGAACAAACAGCAGCAGGCUUGAGCUAAAAGCAGAAAAAUGGUAUCUGGGUAGACCCCACACUAGUGCUUGUAGAGCUCAGCACAUGUAGAGCUCUGGCAGGAGCUGUGCUGACAUGGUAAUGAGCUCUAAAACCCAGGAUCAGAGCAAGGGCACAUGCACAAUGAGUUCUCUUCACUGCAUGCACCACACUGUGAUCCACCCUUGUGUUCAGAUGCCAAUACAAAGGUUUGUGGCAUCCCAGGUAAUUUCUGAGAUAAAUUUGCUGAUAAGGUCUGUAGGCAACCUGUGCAAUCUAGUAGAAACAAUUGUUUAGCUUGUGUCAAUAAAGGCACGCUGCUGAGUCUGAAGAAUAUUCAUGUGUUCAGGGAGUGAGGCGACACUGGGUGGACAAUCAGGGAAGCACCUCUACAGCUGCUGGAACUGUUCUGAAGGUUAGCAUUCAUUUUGUGCAGCUGUGCUUAGUAUGGCUUGAUGAAUACUUCAAACAGGUAUUUGGUAGUGAGAACUCAAUUUUGGAAGCAUUGUGGACAGCUGUGGGCAGGGAAAACCAUAACCUCUUUUGUACCGAUUACCUGGGCCAGAACUAUGCUAAACCACUUUGCAGUUUGCCCACUGUUUCUCCUAUCAGUACCAUACACUAAGCUUCUCCUGCAUUUUUAUAAAAUAAAUCAUCCCUGCUGUUGGCUU